UGUGGUCAACACGUCUCACGUCAAAUGAAAUAAAAAUAAUUAUUUGUGUGGUGGUUAUAUUAAUAUUUAAAAUAUGAAUCAUUUAAAGUUAUAAUAGAAUAAUAAUAACAAAUUUUACUAUGUAUGUGACUUUAUAUUUUGUUUACGUUAUUAGUAUACGAACAUUCCUUGGGAAAUAUAUUUUGCAAUGCCACAUAACAUAACAGGAGAUUGAAAUUUAAUUUACAUUUGUUUUCUAAUGACGUGUAAUGUUUCCAACGGCGAACACUGAAGACAUCGUACAGGUCACGUCAUUUAAAACAAACUCAGGUGGUUCUAGCAAUGAACGAGAUCCCCUUUCCAGUACACAAGUCGCCAAACAACAAAACAGGGACAUAACGCUCAAUAUGUUGAUAAAAGAAAUGGUGUUUUGCGUAGCAUUGGCUUUAACAACCUAUGGGGCUCUACACAAUACAUCAACAAAAGUAUCAAAAUACCCACAAGCUGUGAGAUUUUUUAGUACAGACUCAAUAGUGAAAGAUUGGUACAGGGGUCAGCUGAGUAAUGCUCUGUCAGCCAUAAAUAGUGUUGACGUUUCAUUUGUUAUGUAUUAUGCUCCUUGGGAUGCUGAGUCACAGUAUGUACGAGGAGAGUUUGAGAAGGCUGCUUUAAUCUUAAGAGAUUAUGUCCAUUUUUCUGCUAUAAAUUGUUGGAAUCCAGGCAGUGAAUGUCGUCUACAUCAUAGUAAGAUACCUUCAUGGCCAAUUUUAAUGGCUUAUACUGUAAACUCCAGAGGAGUCCUAUACAAAGGUCCUAGAGAUGCUCACAGUAUGGUAAAUUUUCUUCAAAUGAUAAUGAAGCCAUUAGAGCGAGUGUCAACUACAGAACAUCUUGUACAUUUAUUAUCUAUCUGUGAUGCUGUAGCUGUUGGAUACACUCCACUAACAGAUACCUCACGAUAUUAUAAUAUUUGGUAUUAUGCUGCUAUGAAAGCACGCGAGUUUGAUACCGUUGGAGAAAUAUGUUUUGCAGUGGUUACCUCAGAAGAACUUGCAAUAGAUCUUGGUGUUGAGGUAAUGCCAAAUGCAAGAAUGAUGCUAUGGAAUGAUACAAAGGAAUUUUUGAAUAAUGGUGAUAUACAAUCCUGGAACGAGUCAUCACUUCUACAUUGGGUUUUGGAGAACUUCUCGCAACCGGUUGCACGUGUGAUACCCAUGUGGAAGAAAGCAUUCAGUUUUGAAAGAUAUGUUGAUGGAAAUCCUAUAUUAAUAUUAUUCACACCACUUAAUCCUUUAUAUGAGCAAUUGCCUUCUUAUGAUUUGUUACGCGAAGUGGCCAUGGAAUAUUACAAUUGUAAUAAUAAUGAGAGCACACAAUGGACAUCUGAACUAAUAAAAUUGCAACAAGUCCAAAGACUUUUAUAUCAGCAGAAGGAUUUUGUAAAAUUUUGCCAACAGUAUAAAUUCAAGAAAUCUGUAAGUAAACAUAAUCUCUAUUACAAGAAGGAGAUUGUUUCACAAAACAAUAAAUAUCCAUGGAGCAAUGUAACUCAAAAAAGUCAGAAGACUGGAUCUGUAAAUAUUCUUAUAAAAAGGGGCCUUCCUAUCCCGAAACUUGCAGACGGCUCUUAUGACGAAUCUCAAGUGUUAUCUUCUUUAGCUCUAUUGCAAGAAUGCAUUUCUACAGAACUACCAGCUGAAAAAAGUUUUUAUGAUAACUAUGAACAGUGUCAAUCACAAAACCACGACAGAAAUGUCAAUAUUGAAGAAAAUUCAGAAGAACAUCUAACUAACUUGGAAACAACAAUGUUACCUUUUGAAGAUGAUCCACUUUCACCGGAUAAUUUGGUACAAGAGAACGUAAAACAUUUUUGUAAAUUAAUGAAGUUUGCCUACGAGACUAACCCUCCUGCAGCUCCGACCAGGAUUCCUACCAAGGAGGAGAAGCAAAAUAUGACAAACGUGCAUGGAUUAGCUUGUGCUAAAAACUUUAGUCUUCAUAUGUUAGCUGUUGACAGUGUUGCCAACCACCAUUUCGCAGAAUUUUUAGGUAUUGAUAUAUCUAAACGAAAAGACAAAACUAUUGCUGUGAUAUUGAAUAGUAAGCAUGAAAGUCAGUAUGUUCUCUCUGAGGAAUAUAGUGCCAAAUCAAUUCGAGAUUUCAUUUAUAAUUUUACGUAUAAAUCGCUAAAACGUUCUUUACGCACACAUGUAGAGGACGCAGCCCAUACUCAUUACUAUGGAUCGGAAGGGAAGACAACAAGUAAAGGGACCAAUAAUAGCAGUAUUGAAGUAAUAGACUUGACAACACGCAGUUUUAAAAAACUCAUAAAUACACCAGGCACGGUGCGGCUGGUGAUGGUGUGCGGCGGGUCGUGCGGCGCGGCGCGGGCGCGGGCGCUGGCGGCGGCGGCGCGGCGGCUGCGGGCGGCGAGCGUGCCGGCGCGCGCCGCGCGGCUCGACGCGCUCCGGCACGACCUGCCGUGGCAGUACUCCGGACACGUUCACCCCACCGUCUUCGUAUUUCCCGCCGACAUGGAUAAGGAAGCAGAGAGUCGGUCGUACCCGUCGAUGGAGCGCAUCACGUCGAGUGGUCUGGUGGCGCUGGCGCUGCGCUCGCUCGCGCCGCCGGAACAACUGCGUGUGCGACUGCACAUCUGCCAACGUGCACAUGCGAAUGAGGAAAAGAAAAUAUGUCUAAAAUACACGAGGGAGCAUGUUACAACAGUCAUCGACAGAAGCCUGAAAUAUUGGCGGUGGAAUGAACAUAGGGAGCUAAAAGAUGCCCUUCUCAAGCGAUUGCAAUAUUUACAUCAAGUUUCACUCGAUCUCAGCGUUCUUCACACUAGCGACCUUAAUAGUGAUAAUAAGAGAUAUGAGACUCUUUUAAGCAACCUUAAUUUAUUAUCAAAAACUUGGAAAAUCGAUAUGUCUAAUGUAAGAGAUAAAAAAACAAGAAGUUGA